AUGCCAGCGCCGCACCUUGUGGACAGCCUCUACGCCUGGUUAAUGGCGGCCAUGUGCUUUUGGAUUCAGAUAUGGGUAGCCACCAUCUUCCGCAGCGCUGGCGUCCUCCUGGUUGGCCUGGUGUCCGCCUUCCGCAUCUCUCGCGAGCAGGCUGCGUGGCCCUUCGAGAUCUGCAACACCAUCAACCUGGCGCAAGGUUUCUUAGUUGGCAUUUUGGUCAGAUACUUUGACACCCGAGCGUUAAACUCGGGAGCAACGCUUGUGUCUGGAGUGAGCGCCAUCACUUGCUCCCUUUGGGACACGCCUAGUGCCUACCUUGUAUUUCUUGGCUUUAUCUUCGGUGCCGGGUCGGGUCUCAUGAUUCCCACAAGCGUGGUGGUUCUGAACCGCUACUUCGACGUGUACCGGGCCUCGGCGAGUGGCCUGAGCUUCGCAGAAGGGGCGCUCAGUAGCAUCCUGCUGCCGCCGCUCAUCGGGAUGCUGCUGGACACGUACGGCCUGCAGGGCACCAUGCUCAUCGUGGGCGCUCUCAUGCUCAACACGAUGGCCGACUCCAUCGCACUCCGCUCGUCGCCCAGCUUCCCGAGGCCGCUAGUCCUCCCCGUAAUCAGCAGCACGGUCACGAGAUGUAGCAGCAGCAAAAACUCGCAGAGCAAGAACAUCAUCAGUUACCUCCUGUGGACCACGCGGUUGGUGCGGCGCAUGCCAGCAACGAGGACGGCGCCAGUGCUGGUCUCGGCCAUGGCCAUCGGCGACUUCGUCAGCCGACUCGGCACGGGCUACCUCACGGACCGGCACUACAUCACCCGUGAGUGGAUGCUCAUCAUCAACUUCACCGGCGUGUGCUACGCGCUGUUAGCUAACCUGACCACCGUGGCUUACAUGGCGGUGGUGGGAUUGGUGUUCGGCCUGAACAACGGCCCAACAAUAGCGUCGAUGCCCGUGCUAAUAGCCGACCACCUGGACGACGAACACCUGCCGCUCGCGUUCGGUCUGCACCGGCUCACCAUGGGAAUGGCGACGCUCUUCAGGCCUCUGCUCAUUGGAGGGGCUCGACGCCGCGUCAAAAAGGCACGCGUCGACGCGCUGCGACAGAUACGAGGGGGCCGGCCUGAAGCACAUGAAGGCCCAAAGAGUAAUUUCGACUGUGAGCGUGAGUGCUUCCAAGAAAGCCCAGUGAGGUUCAGAGGAGCCGUAGCGAUAUCAAUUCGAUGCUUCGCAGGCUACUUCAAAGACAAGCAAGGCUCGUACAACGGCCUCUACUACCUGGUGGCCGGCGCUUGCGCUGCCGUGGUGGUCCUGUGGUGCAUCAUCGUGACCGCCAGCUCCAUCAAGUCACUUUUCCUGAAAAGGCCCGCCCACGAAAACGAUCUUCCUAUGCCUGCCUGA